AUGGCAUUCCACGCGCAGCUCGGCCUGCCGAACAUUGCGGCCGUGACUUCCGAUCUGUGGCCGUCGGUGUCGAAUGUGCUCUCCGCGCCAUGGGCUGCCUCUGGCUCGCGUGCGUACCAUACGUCACCGAGAGAGCAGACGGCUCGGAAUGAUAGAACGCCAUCGCGUGUCUCCCUACCGGACGGCUUUGAUAUAGACACCUUGAGGAUUGCCGCCGAACGGAACUUGUCGAUGGGCCGGCCGGCACCUGUCACUAUGCUGCUACAAGGUAGUCGUGCGGCUAGCUUGAGUUCGCAGCUCUCCAUACUCGCGGGCUCCCGGCGCCACCACUCAACCCUGUCCCUCUCUCAACUCAACCGACCAACCGCGAUAUCCAAACGAACCGGCCUCUCCCCGCUCCAAUCCCAGAGAUUUAUGUUUGGAGGAUCUUCCCAGAAUGUCCUCGGGCACAUGGAAAGGUCCGCGAACACCAAUCCCGGAAGUGCUACUGCCCAGAACUCAUUCUAUAAUGCGCUGUUGAAAGCAAAUAUGCCAGGUAUCAUAAUCGAGCGAUAUCGAAGUGGGAAAUUUGCGGGCAACAGCCUGUCUGAAGCUAUCUAUCUAAAGGCACUCCAGAAAGUGGGCGGCGACGACGCGGCUAUCGCCCAUGGACAACAACAACUUAACCCUGCCAACCCGAAUAUGACUGCGGACCAGCUUCAAGCCAUCGGCCAAGCGGUAGCUGCGCGCUCCCAUGGUGGCCAAAUCGGUAUUUCUGCUAAAAAUAGCGGUACCGGGGCCAAGGAUACUCCGCUAUAUGUCGUUGUUGAUGAGUCUCUGGGCAGCUCCAUCUUCCGAUGGGUCAGAUUUAUCCUGGUUUUUGGAUUCAUUACCUACUUCUCGCUUCUCCUGGUCACCGUCUUUGUUGAGACAACCGGUAUCAUGAAAAACGUCAGAGGCACGCAAAAUAACGAAGCCAAGCCUGAACACCAAACAGUACGAUUCAGUGACGUCCACGGUUGCGAUGAGGCAAAGGAUGAACUACAAGAACUUGUCGAGUUCCUGUCAAAUCCCGAGCGAUUCUCAUCGCUAGGCGGUAAACUCCCCAAAGGUAUCCUCCUCGUCGGACCCCCCGGAACAGGUAAAACUCUUCUAGCCAGGGCCGUUGCCGGAGAAGCAGGCGUUCCGUUCUUCUACAUGUCUGGAUCCGAGUUCGAUGAGAUAUACGUCGGUGUCGGAGCUAAGCGCGUUCGUGAACUAUUCAACCAGGCCCGAGGCAAAGCACCAGCUAUCAUCUUUAUCGACGAGCUUGAUGCCAUAGGCGCCAAAAGAAACGAACGAGAUGCAGCAUACGUCAAGCAAACUCUUAACCAACUUCUGACCGAACUGGAUGGUUUUUCACAGUCAAGUGGUGUGAUCAUCAUCGCGGCGACCAACUUCCCGGAACUCCUCGAUAACGCUCUAACUCGACCCGGCCGAUUCGACAGGAAAGUUGUCGUUGGCCUCCCUGAUGUUCGUGGUCGGAUGGACAUCUUGAACCACCAUAUGAAAAACAUCCAAGUCAGCACUGAAGUCGACACUGCGGUUAUCGCCCGUGGAACCCCGGGCUUCUCCGGCGCCGAUUUAGAGAACCUCAUCAACCAGGCUGCUAUCCGUGCUAGCAGGAAUAGGAAAGGCAAGGUCGGGCCCGAAGAUUUCGAUUACGCUAAGGAUAAGAUCCUGAUGGGUGCCGAGACCCGCAACCGUAUGCUCAGGGACGAGGAUAAACUCAAGACCGCUUACCAUGAAGCCGGACAUGCUCUUGUCGCUUAUUUUUCACCUGAUGCUAUGCCACUCUAUAAGAUAACCAUUGUCCCUAGGGGGAUGGCAUUGGGAGCAACGCAUUUUUUGCCCGAGAUGGAUAUCGUUUCGAAGGAUUAUACGGAAUAUAUUUCCGAUAUCGACGUUUCUAUGGGCGGUAGGGCAGCCGAGGAGCUUAUAUACGGCACAGACAGGGUUUCUAGUGGCAUCUCACAGGAUAUUAAAAGCGCCACCCAGACAGCCUUCGCACUGGUAACACAGUUAGGCUACUCUAAGAAGCUAGGUAACGUCGACCUUAGAUCCGACUACAACACUCUCUCUGCGUCAACGAAGCAAGAAAUCGAAAAGGAGGUUCGCCGUCUCGUCGACGAAGCUAGCACCCGUGCGAAGAACAUCUUGACAGAACAUCGAAAAGAGCUUGAAAUGCUAACCAAGGCUCUAAUCGAAUACGAAACUCUGACCAAAGACGAGAUGGAGAAGGUGCUCAAGGGUGAAAAGCUCGAUAAGCUUCUAUUGGCUACCAAGGCGCCGAUAAAGCUCCCAGAAGCCCUGGCGCCUGUGCGUAUAAAACCUGUCGCUGGAGGGGCCGCCUCGUCAAAGUGA